AGAGAAGCGGAGCCAUUUCGUCUUGUGAGAGUGUUUUGUUCCUUUGGGUUGUCUCGCUCCGUCUUCUCUUGUCCGAGUGUCACUAAGAGAGAAAUUAGAAGUGACCUCUGGUUCUAUUUGUGAACGAGAUCAACUCCGGUGAAAGUUAGUGGUCAAAUCUCGUCUCGGAUUUCUUGGUCUAGCUGAAGCUAGUGUCUUAUUGGCUUUGGGAGGCUAAACAUGUCCCGCUUCAACGUGUCGAUAUUGAUUGUGCUGCUUUGUUGGUCGCAUCUUGAGCUUGCGAUUAGAGCCCAGGAUGUUGAAACCACGACACUUGAGCUCGAAACGACGACUCUCGAUGAAACCACCACACUCGAGCCCGAGAUCAAAAUUGUUGAGGCCGAUUUGGAGGAUGUUGACAAGAAUGAGGAAAUAGAAGAGAUACAGAUGGACCCGAUCUCGGGCAAACGCAUGUACAACCAAUUUCAAUUGUUUAGAGCUCAGCCUCAAACUGAAGAACAAUUGGGCAUUGUCCGAUUUAUUGCUAACGGUGUCCAGGACUUGUGGAGUCCAGUUCCCGCUAAUGUGACGAAGGGAGUGAGCAUUGAUAUGUUGGUGGGACCCAAGCACGCACCGUAUGUGGCCAAAUUUCUCAAGUGCUCAGGUGUGCCCUACGAUAUAGCUAUCCAUGACAUUCAAAGAGCCAUAGAGGAGGAGAACGAAGUGACCGAUACAGUAACGAGAUCAGCGAAUGAAGGCGCUUGUAUGAGGGAAGUGGGUCUUUCAUGGGACCUAUAUCAUCGCAUGUAUGUUAUCCAGAGCUACAUGACCUGUUUGGCACGGCGUUACAGUGGGUUGGUCACCCUCCAUGAUCUGGGUUGAACUGACGGAGGACAACAUUUGAAAGUGAUGGAAAUAUCUCAGCCCAAGGGCAGCAAUAAACCCGCCAUUUGGAUCGAUGGCGGGAUCCACGCUCGAGAGUGGAUCAGUCCCGCGUCAGUAACCUACAUGUUGUCAGAGCUCGUGGAAAAUUCAGCCUACCAUCAAGAUUUGUUGAGCAAAUACUCAUUUUACAUAAUGCCAGUAAUGAACCCCGAUGGAUACGAGUACACACACACCAACGAUCGCCUGUGGCGAAAAGCUCGAUCUCCCACGCACCAUUCCUCUUGCAUUGGAACUGAUCUCAACCGAAAUUGGGGCUACAAGUACGGAGGAAAGGGCGCGAGUCCUAAUCCCUGUGAUGAAACAUACAGAGGGCCGUCCGCUUUCUCGGCCAGGGAAACCAGAGCGGCCUCGUAUUUCAUUCUUCAAAGAGCGCAUAACAUGAAGAUGUUCCUCACAUUUCACAGUUACGGACAAUACAUUCUAUAUCCAUGGGGAUAUACAGCUAACGAUGAGCCCUCAAAUUGGAGGGACCUUCACCGCAUUGGCCAAAUCGGGGCUCAAGCCAUGUUCAAAAAGAACGGACAUUCUUACUCAGUGGGAUCAGCUGCCAAACUCCUAUAUCCCGCUGCAGGCGGCAGCGACGAUUGGGCCAAGGGAGGAGCCGGCAUUGAGUACUCCUACACCAUCGAGUUACCCGAUGCUGGGCGUUAUGGUUUCUUACUCCCUGCUAUUCAAAUUAGGAAUGUUACCCAAGAAGCUUUUGCUGGAUUAGAAGCCAUGGUAAACGCCCUAUAAUCAACCCUUGACAGCGGCCGGUCCAGCUUUGCAGCAACAAGCAUCAAACUCAUAACAACUCAUUAUAACUCA